AUGUCUGCAAACAUGGCCAGCACCAACACGCGCCGGUCGACGCUGGCGGCUAUCGACCCUAAUCAGAACAAUGGUCACAUCUCAUCCGCCCUUCCCGUUCCUUCCUCUGCAGUCAAGUCGGUAAAAACACUCUCUAGUGGCGCCUUCCAGCCUCGCGCCUCCAUGAUCCCACAACAGUCCAACCCUGCUCGUCAAGUCAGUGCGACGAGCGCCCAUGCUCUGGGGCAGCAGCAGAACGCAUCGCAGCAUUCGGGUCCUGUACACUCGGCGUCCCAGAGUGCACGUCGAGGUGAUUCCGGAAUGUACGCAAGCAGGCAGAGUGUCGCCUCGGCCGGCCGUCAAAGUGUCGCAGUAGCUGCAACCCCGAACUCGAGAAGAUCCAUGGUUGGCAGGUUGUCCAUCGCUCCAGGAAAUAUCGGCAACACGGGCGGAUCCGUCGUCAGGGAAACCCGGCCCAUCAAGGAUAAGCACUACAAGACACGCAUGGGUCUCACUGUCAAGGAACAUCUCGAGCGUACCGGCUUCACCAUGUCCGGCUGGGAUGCCAAUAAGGGUGUCCACGAGCCCACCCAGUCUGCCUUCGUCGGCAUGUUCAAGCACAUCUACGCCACCUGCAUCGACACCAAUUUCGUCAUGGGCGCGGACGGCAAAAAGUUUGAAGACGAGGUCUUGACCUUGAUGAAGGAAAUCAAAUACCCCGCCGCCGACGAGCUCAGCAAGACCAAACUGACUGCUGCCGGAAGUCAGAGCCACUGGCCCUACUGUCUUGCUAUGCUCGAGUGGAUGGUCAACAUCGGGAAUCAGGCAGAAACCAUCGGAACUGGCCCUCGAUCACGACCGGAUGAGAUUGAUGACCUUCAGUCUCUCUUCUUCCCUUACCUGUGGGACUGCUACGACCGCUUCUGGCAGAACGAGGACACCUACCCAGAGGAACAUGCCAAACUCGGUGUGCGUUUCGAGGACAAGAACGCUGCGAUAGAGCGCCAACUCAGCGAGCUGCAGCAAGAGCAUCGCAAGCUCGAGGCAGAGUUGGCCGACUAUCUCAACAAUGAUUCGCCGCUCAAGAUCGAGAGCAGCGAAAACGACAUGCUCGCCAAGGACAUUUCUAAAUUCCACAAGUACUACGACGAAGUUCUCGUCCCCAAGCUCGACAAGACCAAGAAAGCCAUCGAGAGGCUCGUCAAAGAGAUUGCGCUCACAGAAAAAGAGAUUGACGACAAGAAUCAGCGCAGACUCGAUCUGCAAGAGCAGGUCAACGCGCAGGAAAUGUCGGCAGAGGAGUACGAGAGGAUGCUGGCAGAGAGGAACCGUCUCAGCAAGCGACUCGAAGUAUUGGGCGAGCAAAACAAGAAAGCUGCCGGUGAUGGAUGGGGACUCGAGAUUGCCAUUGCAAAGAAGCAGGCCGAUACGGAGGACCGCAUCUCAAAGUUCAACCCCUUGGCGCGCUCAAUCUCGCUGCUACCUUUCAAGCUGGCUUCCGGAAGCGUAGUAGAAGAGCUCGAGUUGACGCCUUCCAACCCGUCGACCAUGCUGCAACCGGGUGUCGAAAUCAAGGGAUCCUUCCGUCGACGAAUCGAAGCGCUGCGAUCACAGGAGGCCGAAAAGUACCGUCACGCGUCCAAGAAGCGACUGACGAUGCAGGAGGAAUACGAAAAGCUGCAAGAGGCGCUUUCGGAACAAGAGACGCAGCUAGCCUCGGACCGAGAGAGAUGCGAAGCGCUGUCGAGGCAGGCUGCCGAGUACGAGAAGAGCUGCAAGACCGUACAGGAACGCUACAAGGCCGACGAGGGCAAGCUGGAAAGGUCGACUUACGAGACCGAAGCAUCUGGCAGCGUGCAUCUGCAACAGGCUGAAUCUCGACUGACCAGCCUGCAACUCACGGCCGAACACAAGGAAGACGAGUGGAACCAGCAACGCUCGCGAAUGGACGAAGACAUGCUCAACUUUGUCGUGCUGCUCAGCAAGAUGAAGGGGGAUGUUACCGGCCAACUUCGCGAGAUCCAAGCCGCCGUGGCUCUCAAGAGUCGCGACGAUUGA